GGUUGCUGGGCGGGGGCCACGUGCUGCCUCAGAACAUGGACGGCAGCGGCGCGCGGUUCACUGCGGAGGCGAUCCGGGCCAUGAGUGCGGAGGACGUGAUCGAGGCGUGGAAGGAGAACCUGAAGGAGCUGUCCAGGUACGUGGUGCUGGCUGAGAACGCCCCCCCCUCCGGCGGCGGCUGCUCCUCGCUGCCCGCCUCGCUGCUGUGCCGCAUCACCCCACUGACCGCCUCCAUGAUGGAGCUGGUGCACAAGGUGGCCAUGAUCAGCCCGCUCAACGUGAAGCGCCUGCUGGCGACCAACAUGGAGCUGCAUGCAAUGGUCCCCGUCCCCGAGCCCCACUGGGCCCGUGUGCUGAUGGUGCUGGGGCUGUCGGAGCAGCAGCGGCGGGAGCUGCUGGGCGCGCGGGAGCGCUUCCUGGGCAAGUUCGAGGCGGUCAUGCAGGAGCGAGCCACGCUGGUGGCCAGCCUGGCGCAGCAAGCGGUGCCGCGGAGCAGGGUCUACGCCGACAUCUGCUCCUCCUCGCUGGCAGCCCACGAGGCCACCGACCGGCUGCGAGCCAACCUGCAGCGCGAGCACAACGUCAACAUGGAGUUCGUGGUGUACGUGCUGAGGGGCGUGCUGGACCUGAUGCAGAUCGCCAAGGCCGCCGUACACUCGUAUCCGUACUAUCCGGACGUCCUGGCCAUGUCCAAUGUGCUCUUCGCGCAACAGCAGCAACAUCAGUCGCAGGCAUCACAGCCCUCGCUGCACCAGCAGCAGCAACAGCAACAGCAGCAACACCAGCAGCAACAGCAGCAACAACAACAACAGAUAGCGGUUGUGUCUUCCGUUUCGCAGCAGCAGCAGCAACAACACCAACAACAGCACCAUCAUCUACAACAGCUGCAGCAACAGUUGUUGCAACAACAACACCAGCAUCAGCAACAACAACAACAGCAUCAGCAACAACAACAGCUGCAGCAACAGCACCCUCACCCACACAUGCAGCUGCAGCAGCAGCUGAUUCAAGCCUCCCCAGGAGCAGCCGCAGCAGCACUCGCAGCAUCUGGAGGACUAAACAUCCCCCCCGCCGCACUUCGGUCCGUUGGCAGUUCUGGCGGCGGAGGCGGAGGUGGGCUUGGUCUUAGUCUCGGCCUAAACCUAGGCGGCUUGGGCGGCCCUGCAACCUCUCCUUCCUCUUCUUCCGCGGCUGCUGCGGCGGCGCUGUAUGGAGGUAAUCGCGCAAACGCCGCUGCUGCCUCCGGCGGCGGAGGCGGUGGCGGUCUGGGUUUGGGGUUGCUUGGCCCGGCUCUGGGCUUUACACCCGGCGGUCUUGCAUCUUCUUCUUCC